AUGACGGGGCGGUUCGUUCCGCAUUGCCACAUUUUGGAGCGCAUGUUAACGUCGGGCAUUAUGGAUCGGCCCACCUUGUCGAACGGGCGUGAAGACAUUGGCCACGUCAAGUGGAUCAUACUUGUCUGUACUUUGCUUCUCACAAUCGGUGGCAACCUGAAGCGUAGGACGUGGUUGGUCAUCCAGAUAAUGACACAAUUUUUUCUGGAGGGGGGAGUGAAGAGCGGAUUGCUUCGCUGCUCGUUAUCUGCGACUUGUUUUAGGUGCUUGAUAAACUUCGUUGAGAUUUGUUGUGGUUUCCACCGAAUCUUGACCUUGCUGAGGCGAUCGUCUUUUUACGUGCCACACGUUCACCUGGUGAAGAUGCUGCUGAAGAACGAGAUGUGCAAGCUACAUGCCACGUUCCGCAACCCUUUCGAACGCCUGGGCGACGUUUUCGGAGUCUCGCCGGAUUCGUGUGAAAUGCCGCUGCCUGCGACCAAUAGAAACACAAGCAGGGGCCAUUAUACACCGCACUCCGUGAGGUUUGCAGCGAAGCUUAUAAGGAAGCGUUGUCUGGACGUGGGAUCGCAGGAUGAAAUGAACCCCAAGGUGCGGCAACACCGUGUGGAUACAACGCUGGCGCAUCCAGUGUACCUGAAGUUGUUGUGUGCCAUAGACAGAAAUGUGAGCAAUGUAAAGGUAGCCCCCACAGUUGAUGCGGUGAUCAGGGGACAGAAUAGGUACGUAAUCCUGGAGCACUUGGCAUUCAGGAGGGGCCGAAUGGCGUGGUUACCCUACGCGUUAAGCACCUCCGCUACUAUGGGGUCCGCUUUCCAGGCUCCGAUGUCAAUGCUGUCGCACCUCUAUCUGCAUCACUAUGGCCUCGAUGACAUCCUAUCAACACUGGUUGUACAGGACCACCUGAACGUGGUACAACGCACACAGGCUUGCCAUGUACUAUCAGAGAACCCGCGAUUAGUGGCUAUGGUGCUCCCACAACUCGUCCAGUCGCUUUCGGUCGAUCCUGGUGACCGCAUUUGGCACCUUCUAUCGGCGUCGUUGAAAAGCGGAUUGGUGCUUGAGCGUCUGCCGUAUUUUUUGGCCUGCAUGCUGCACAGUAAUGAGGAUCUGAUCACUGCUCGUAAGGCUGCGUCGUUUCUUGAUUUGAUUGUGAUGGGGGCCAACCGAUCGGCCCCUUUGCGUCAGGAGAUAAGGAACAUUUCCAUGCACAGCAACUUGCUUAAUCUCUCGUCCAAAUUGGCGACUGCAGACGUUUCGGAGCGCCCCGCUGCACUAGUUGAAGGCCUCCUAAAAGUCAACGAGUCGUGCGCAAACACCGGCCAGCUCCAGGUCUUUGACGACAGUCUUGAGCAAGGCGCACACAUUAUCGGCAGCCGCACUUCCGGUUCACCAACGAGGAAGAAUGUGCGGUUUGUGGACCCGCAAAGUGCAAAGGUACUCACGUCUGCCACCCGGGCACCAUUCAUGGUCGACUUCUUUCUGGAACCUAAAAGCACCACCCGCUACAUUUACAAGAUGGCAGACGACAUGCGUCAAGAUGCGUUGGUGGUGCAGGUCAAGCUGGUGUUACUGCACAUAUUCCGCCUGUACAAUCUGGAGGCCUAUUUGCAACCGUUUCUCGUGGUGCCGUAUUCCACAGCACUGUCCACCUUGUUCAGGAUGCGGAACAAGGCUAUCAUCAGGUCACAUUCGGCGUUUGCUACUUCUGAUGUGAAACGCGUAUCGCCAAUGCAGAUACCGCGGCUUCACACAACUCCAUCUGCCUCUUACAUGGACAGUGAUUCCGUGGACAGCCGGAUGUAUGGCACGGCGGUUUCCCAUAAAACCGAGGGCAGUUGUUUGGAUGUUUCCACCCUGUGCGGUGCCUCCGCAAACGUUUCCGAGUUGGAUUGCGCAUUGCCUACAAACGAAGGGGAAUGCCCAACGCCCAGGUGGUUCCGUAUCGCAUGUUUGCGCCCCUUCCAUGGGAGCAACCCAAUGCCCGCGUGCAUAGACGACAUCGUUGGCCGUCCGUACGUCCUAGGCGGUAUAAUUGGUUUCAUUUCGGGCACGAUAAGCCGACAUAACAUUGGGAAGGAGUACGGAGGCACUCUAGAGGACUACUUCGUCCUGAAGUUUGGCCCUAGAGGCAGCCCCGCGUUCGACAAGGCCAUGGAGAACUUCAUAAAUUCGCUGGCCGGCUACUCGUUGUUGUGCUUCCUGCUGCAGAUAAAGGACCGCCACAACGGCAACCUCCUCAUCUCCCCAGUUGGACACAUCCUGCACAUCGACUUUGGAUUCAUUCUGGGUUCGUCGCCAGCCGCCGAUGUGCAGUUCGAGCACGCCCCGUUCAAGCUCACCAAGGAGAUGACCGAUCUACUGGGUGGCGUGGAGUCUGACAAUUUUAGGCGCUAUGUGCGUCUGCUGGUGUCUGCCUAUAUGUGUGUUCGCCAGGAGUCGACGCUAUUGAUAGCCCUAGUGAAGCUGCUCGAGCAUUCCGGCCUGCCGUGCUUCCGGCGCACCUCGGUGAUGAAGUUGCGGCAGCGGCUCUACCUCGAGGCCACCCCCGAACGCGCCGCCGGGUACAUGCUGCGCAAGAUCCACAUCUCGUUGCACAGCAAGACCACUAUGGUGUACGACAUGGUGCAGGCAUGGCAGCAGGGAAUAGAACAUUAG